AUGUUUUCGUUCGUUACAAUUCGUACAUUUGGAAAUUUCUCUUGGCGUAUUUUUUACGACAAAUUUUCUUCUUCCCCGAUUGCGCAAACGAAGCUUUUCUCCUCGAAAUCUAUGAAAGUAUCUAUUCUGGGUGCUGCUAGUAAGACGGGAAAUUGUCUCUCGUUGUUUUUAAAACAGUCACCGUUGAUCGACGAGGUGGCAGUUUUUGAUAACAAAUGUACCUACGGUCUUGCACUGGAUUUGAAUUAUAUCGACACGAAGUGUAAGGUCAGCACCUGUAAUCAUCCGAGAAGAUGUCUCGAGCAGACACUCGAAGGAGCGAAAAUAGUAAUGAUCGUUGGAGAUGAAACGGUUAAAGACGAAUCGAGCCUGUCUAGGGUCCUGAAAUCUAACGCUAACGCGUUGUCAGAUUUACUACCAAAUAUCAUUAAAUUUUGCCCCCAGGCUAUGGUCGCGGUCGUAAUGAAUCCGAUAAACAGUUUAAUACCUCUGGCAAUGGAAAUGUAUAAAAAGGCUGGGGUUUACGAGCCCAAUCGCCUUUUUGGCGUAAUUAGCCUUGACUGUGUUAGAGCAAAUACUUUCGCCGCAGAAGUUGUCGGCUGCGAACCAGAAUGCACGGUGGUACCUGUAAUUGGUGGGAGUUGCUCAAACACAUGCAUUCCACUUUUCUCGCAGGCGAAGCCUUGUAACAAAAUAUCCCAGGUGGAAGCUAGUAGAUUGACACAUGCUUUAAGAACGUCCAACGAGGAGUUGUCGAAGGCGAAUAAAGGUAAAGAAAGAACAUGUUGUGCGAUGGCGUUUGGGGCAGCCAGAUUUUGCGUAUCCCUUUGCAAAGCUUUGCGACAUCAGAGCAACGUCGUGGAAUGCGCUUACGUUCGAUCCUGCGUGAUACCAGAAUUAACGUAUUUCGCUGCCCCCUUGGAAUUAGGCCCAAAUGGGAUUCAGAGACAUUUGGGUAUUCCACCUUUGAACGAUUACGAGUGUAAACUCCUCGAAGCAGCCGUACCCUGUUUAAAAAAGGCUAUCAUCCUUGGAGAGACCCUUGCUCUUGGCGAGGAGAACGCUUCUUCCGAGCUAUGCCUGCAGCAGACCUCUUUGUGUAACCCGGUCGAUUCACCUGGUGCAACUUCGUCGUAG